AUGAAGUUUCCCAUUUUUUUGAUAGUCUUUUUCCUUCUUAUACAAAUUAUUUACAUUCAUGUUGCAAUUUCUGGCAUAAUAAAAGCAGGACCUGCAACAUUACCUGUCCUAAAAGAUGCUUAUUAUGUAUAUAUAAAUUUCACUGUUCGUCAUGAAUUCUUUGAUUAUGUUAACGGCAUAUCGUUGACAUUGCCUGGUGGACUUGAUAGCUUGAAAAAGGUUGCCGAUAUAUCAGUUAAUCUUAAUCUAACACCCACGCCUGGUUAUGUUGAUGAUGAUGAACUUGAAAAACGUGAUUACAUUACCAAUGACACAAUCCAAUUUGCUCCUAAUAAUAAUAUAAAUGAGAUACAUAAAGUCACUGGUGUUGAUCGUGUACAAAAUGAGUUUUUGAGAAUUGAUUACAGGCAUCCAGCACUUGGCGGCUGCUUUGGAACAGGAUGUAGAGUGGCAUAUGGACGUAAUUUUGUUUUAGAUCCAACCAACCUUAAUGUUAGUGAUCCACUUGAUCUUUGUGAUGGUCAUGGUACACAUGUUGCUGGUUUGAUAGGUGCUAAUGACAGUCUAAUAACUGGAUUUAUGGGAGUUGCUCCUAAUGUCACUUUUGGUGUUUAUAGAGCCUUGAGUUGUGAUGGUAUAGGGAGUGCUGACAAUAUAAUGGCUGCAUUAGAAGCAGCUGCAACUGAUCAAAUGGACAUAGUAAAUUUAUCUAUAGGAGGUGAAGGAUGGGCAGAAACUUCAAUGUCUGUUUUGGCGGAUUCAAUUGCAAAUCGAGGAAUCAAUGUUAUAGCUGCCAAUGGUAAUGAAGGAACUCGUGGUAUCUGGGAUUCUGCUAUGCCUGCAAUUGGUUAUGGCACCAUUUCUGUUGCAUCAAUGGAUGCUAAAAAUUUUCUUGUUUACCGGGCAACUGAUAUUAAAGAUUCUUCAUUUAUAAUUGAUUAUAUUUCAGGUAGUGCUAGACCUUUUAAUAUUAAUCAAGGAGAAACAGUAAUCUUUGAUAGUUCAAACAAUUGUAAAGAUGUCCCUGCUCAAACUUUAGCAGGAAAAGUAGUAAUUCUAAAUCUUUAUGCUGCAAGAAUUAAUCAAUGUGUUAUAUCACAACUGUAUACAGAUCUACAAAUAGCUAAAGUUGUGGGUGCUUUUGUUAUUAAUAAUCUAACUACAGGACCUGCCAUAGGUAGUCCACAUCAAGAUGAUGUUAAAUAUCCAGUUGCAUAUAUUAUAUCAACUGAAGCUCAACUAUUGUUAGACAGAGCAGUGACUAAUAAACCAUUGACUUUAGACUUUUCUGAUAAAAAAGGUUAUAUUAUAGAAAAUAGUUUUGGUUCAGUAAUUUCAUAUUUUAGUUCUUGGGGAUUAACUCCUACUCUAGAUAUUAAGGAAAUUGUUGCACCUGGCGGAGUAAUGUUUUCUACAUAUCCUUUACCUUUUGGUAGUUAUGCUUUACAUUCGGGAACAAGCAUGGCAACACCAUAUAUGGCAGGAUGUGUCGCAUUAUAUUUAUCAGCAACUGGUAUAAAACAACCAACUUUAGAUGUGAGAAAUGCAUUCAUGAAUUAUGCUAGACCACUCAAAUUUCCAUCUGGAACUGUUGUCUCACCAGUUUUACAACAAGGCACAGGAUUAGUUAAUGUCUUUGAUACAAUACUAGGCAAAAUAUUGAUAUCACCAUCAAAAUUAACAUUGAAUGAUACAUUAAAUGGAAUUAGUAAUAAGGAUUUGAAUUAUAUUGAAAAGAAUUUAACUGUCAAAGGUUUAAGUGAAUAUCAGGAAGUGUCAUUUAUAGUGAUACAUGAACCUUCUUACAGUUUAAAUGGUUAUAAUGGCACAACAAUAUUGGAUAGUAAAGAUUUGAUUUACAAUGCAGGUUAUUGGUUUUAUAAUGGUUUUAUUAAAUUUGUACCAAAUAUUACCAGCUAUGGCAACAUCACGAUUCCAUAUGCUGGUUUAGCAAGUCCAGCAAAAGAUCUACCAAUAUUUCAAAGUCCAGAAUUUCCUCAGAUUCUAACUCCACAAAAUGCAACAUUAACACCAAACUAUACAUUUUCAAUGACAUUUGAAAAUCAUCCUGUAUUAAGGGCAGUAUUUUCAACACCUAGUGCACUAUGUUAUGUAAUUAUAUUUAGUUCAAUAACAAACCAACCUUUAGGCAUAUUGACAAACAACGACAAUACUUUUAUUAUAAGUGGUGAAAAUAGAUUUGUUACAAAAACAAGAAAUACUCCAUUAUAUAGAGAUUGGACAGGUGAUUAUAUAGAAGGAAGUUUUAGUGAUAAUGGACAAUUUGUUCCAUCAACCACUGUUAGUAAUGGUAAACAAUUACCAAAUGGUGAUUAUUAUAUACAAUUUAGAGCUUUAAAAUUAUUCGGAGAUACUAAUGUUGGGGGUGAUUGGGAGUACUGGAAUUCUACUUAUUUUAAGAUUGAAAGAGCCCUCUUCUGA